CAUUAUUUCCAGUUUGAGUUUGCCAGUUCUCAAGUUUGGACCUAUAAUACCUGAGGUUAGUCCUUCUUUUCGCGAAAAUCGUGAAAAUGGCGGAAGCCACAGGUGCCUCAAAUGCAAAUCCAAAUGCUGAAAUUGUGAAAGGCCAAAUUUUUGAAGUAGGUCCUAGAUAUACCAACCUUUCAUAUAUCGGCGAGGGAGCUUAUGGAAUGGUCGUGUCCGCAUUCGACCAAGUUACUAACACAAAAGUGGCAAUUAAGAAGAUAUCGCCUUUCGAACAUCAAACAUAUUGCCAAAGAACACUCAGGGAAAUCAAGAUACUCACAAGGUUUAAGCAUGAAAAUAUCAUCGAUAUAAGAGAUAUCUUGAGAGCGGUUACGAUAGACUCUAUGAAGGAUGUGUACAUAGUUCAGUGUCUGAUGGAAACGGAUCUCUACAAGUUACUCAAAUCACAGAGAUUGAGCAACGAUCAUAUAUGUUACUUCCUGUAUCAAAUUCUGAGAGGUUUGAAGUAUAUACAUUCGGCUAAUGUACUUCAUAGAGAUCUAAAGCCUAGCAAUCUCCUCCUUAAUACUACCUGUGAUUUGAAGAUAUGUGAUUUCGGUUUAGCUAGGGUAGCAGAUCCUGAUCAUGAUCAUACUGGGUUUUUGACGGAAUAUGUCGCAACUAGGUGGUACAGAGCUCCUGAAAUUAUGCUUAAUUCUAAGGGCUACACAAAAUCUAUCGACAUAUGGUCAGUGGGAUGUAUUUUAGCAGAAAUGUUAUCGAACAAACCCAUAUUUCCUGGAAAGCAUUAUCUAGAUCAACUGAACCACAUCCUAGGAAUACUUGGUUCACCAUCCCAAGAAGAUCUGGAUUCUAUCAUCAAUGUAAAAGCGAAGAGUUAUCUACAAUCUUUACCGUACAAACCAAAGAUACCAUGGGCUAAGCUUUAUCCGAAUGCUGAUCCCAAAGCCCUGGAUCUGUUGGAUAAAAUGUUGACUUUCAAUCCGCAUAGGCGAAUAGAAGUGGAAGAGGCUUUAGCACAUCCCUAUCUUGAGCAGUAUUACGAUCCAGCUGAUGAGCCUGUUGCAGAAAGACCGUUUAGGUUCGAUACGGAAUUGGACGAUCUCCCAAAAGACGUUUUGAAGACUCUCAUUUUCGAAGAGACCCUCCUUUUCAAACAGCGACAACAGGAACCACCUCAACAUCAACAAAUGGGCACUACAUAGUUAUUUGAAAUAAGCGUCUAAUUCAAUAAAAUUUUCUACUUGUUUUAUAAAUUGGUGAAGGUUAUCAGUGCUCUCCAGUUACACAAACUCAACUGAUUAUUACAAAAUUUGCCAUCAUAUUGAAUCAGCAUCAAACGGAUGUACAUAUGAACCUCAAGAUGAAACUAGCUAUAAACGCUGUUGGCGGGAUCCAUAUUCCUUAUAUAUUUUUGUUUGUUGUAGAUGUGGAAAAAACCUUCUGGUCCAAUUUAGUUUUUCCAGUUUUGAAUUCUAUGUAAAUAGUCAUCUUUAUCAUUGCAAAUUAUUUAUUAUUUUGAUUCGAUUUCUACACAUUUAUUCAAAUUUUUUCUCAGAAGGUUUUUUAUUAUUGCAAGAUAUUCUUGCGUCUAUUUGUGAAUAAUCAUAAUCUUCAUUUUACCAGUUAAGAAGUACAAAUCACUUUUAGUAUAUAGGAAUUUUUGUCACGUUUUCCUAGAUUGCUAGUUCUAAAAAUUCCCAUUUUAGUAGUUGCAUUUUCUACAGUCAAGUACGAACAAUUGAAAAUAUAGAAUUAUAUAACUAUACAUUUGAAGAAAUAUACAGGAGCAGUUUUAUAGUUUUUAUCUUCAACCAUCAUUUCAGUAUUUCUCGGUCUGUUCACUGGCAAUCAUUGUUACUGAGAUUAUUAAUCAAUCCUGAAAUAACUGGAAGUAUUGAAUUUUAUUAUUUCAUAGUAUUUAAAAAUAAUCAGAAAUUUAAAAUAUAACUGAGGACUCCUAAUUAUGGAGAUCACAGUAAAUAGAUUUUGUUGACUCGAAUUUAUUGGAGUCACAUUAUACAAUUAUAAAUUUUAUUGCUUUGAUUCUCAUUUUAUUAGUCACACACCUCAACUGUAUAUUCAACUUUAGUCAAAUACAGCUUGAACUAUUAUUUA